AUUUCUUUUAAGGGAAUGCUACAUUAAUAGUCAUCCGGAUAUGACUGAAUUGCCUGAACAAGGGCGCCGAAGGUCGGGCUGCGACUAAUGGUGAGCUUUGUAGCCCUGUAAUCAGUGCAGCUGGAAUCUUGCCUGUCAAGCCUUAACCUCCCCGGCUUGCCUUGUACCUGAGCAGCUUCUGAGGUCAAGAUGCUGCUGAAGAUGCCCCAGAAGCUGCUGAAGACUGCUCACUACAUAGAGCUGGGCAGCUACCGGCACUGGCCGGUGAUGAUACCCCAGAGGAUAAGACUGUACACCUACGAACAAAUCCCCCUCUUUCUCAAAGAAAACCCCUACAUCACAGACGGCUACAGGGCACACCUGCCGUCCAAACUCUGCCUGAGGAGUAUUUUCAUGUUGUCCAAUGAGACUGUGAAUAUUUGGACCCACCUUUUGGGUUUCCUGCUCUUUUUCUCUCUGGGGGUCAACGACCUCUCCACAGUACUGCCAGCCUCUGGAGCGAACAGAGAGGACUACGUCAUCUACGCUAUAGGGCUGUUCUGCUUCCAGGUGUGCAUGUUGUGUUCUGUGGGGUAUCACCUGUUCUCGUGCCACCGAUCAGAGAAGACUUGCCGUCGCUGGCUUUCCUUGGACUACGCAGGAAUCUCUGUCGGCAUCCUGGGCUGUUAUGUACCUGGGAUCUUCUACGCUUUCUACUGUAACGCUUUUUGGCGGCAGGUCUACCUGCUGACAGUGCUGUCCCUGAUCCUGGCAGUCUUCUGCGCUCAGGUCCACCCUCGUUACCUCAGCAACGACUGGCGACGGAUACGCAUGACGAUCUUCUGCUGUGUGGCCGGCAUCAGUGUGAUUCCUUCGUGCCACUGGGUCUGGCUCAAUGGAGGAUUCGCCACUGAUGUUGUUCAGCUGUUCCUGCCUCGAAUCCUAGUGAUGUACCUGAUAGCUGGAUCUGCCUUCCUGUUCUACGUCACCAAGAUCCCUGAACGAUGUUUCCCUGGCCAGCUGAACUACCUGGGCGCCAGCCACCAGGUGUGGCACGUACUGGUGGUGUUGAUGUUUUACUGGUGGCAUCAGACAGCUGUACACAUCAUGCAGUUCAGGCACAGCCGGUCCUGCCCGACCCGGAACUUCAAAGUUUAACUGAUGAAUUAAUGUUAUAGAAAGGCAAUCAGUUGCAGGCUGAUAGCUGUAAUUGUUAAUAGGUUAACUCACUAUGUUAAUAUUCAUCAAACACUUCUUACCAGUUAGCUGCUGGAUAAAAGUUGCUGCCUAAAGGUUUUUCAAACCACUAACUAACAGAAGCUCUUGACAAUUAGCUGCUACGGUGUAAAACUGAGUCUGAUGGUAGCUAGUAGCUUUCCACUGAGACGUUGGUUACUGUUUAACAGCUAUUAAAACCAGUAUAUUUAGCCUACUGUUUCAAACAGUAGAUGUCAACUAAGAGUGGCUUGACGCUACUUUAAAUCUUAAAUUCCACCAUAACCAUAAAGAUCAAUGCAUGAAGCAGGAAUUUAGAUAGAAGCAGACUAAGGUUUGGUGUUUUUAAUUGGUGCUCAUGUUAUAUCAUGGUUGGUUUAGAUUGUGAUUAUUAUUCUUUUUUUGUGCAGAAGUAUUGAAAAAAAUAUCCAUACCGAUUUCUUUGAAUUUGUGUGAACAAUGACCUUUUGUUUGCGUUUUAAUUUAGUUUUAUCUAUCAGCACCUACAAGAUAAGAUUGUGUGAAAUGUCUUGAUGAAAGGUGGAAAGAGGAGAACAAAAAUCAUGACAACUGGAAAUUGAACUUAUUGACACUGUGAACUGCCCGUCUCUGGGAGAAACGUCUCGAACACCUUAAGUAUUGAAUCUUUUGCCAAAUAGUUAAAUGUCAAUCAACGAUCAAUCGAUAUAUAAGAACAAACGUAGGAACCGUAUUUGGGCUACGAUGCUUUGUUUUCUUAGCCAUGCUUGAUUUGUGGAAGUUUAUUUAUUUUAUUUUAUUUUCCAUGUGUACUGUUUUAUAUGUAAAACAAAUAAGGUGGCAGUUAUGGAAAUUAAAAAAUAUUUAUAGCGGCCUAUGCUGUGUUUAUAUAGUUGUAGCUCAACAAACAUAUGUAUCUCUUACUCUCACUUGAAUACACAUAGUUCUGUUGUUAUGUUCUCGGGGCUAUAUGCCACUUCAAUAUAAUAGAGGUGAAUGGGAGUUUUGUUUAGGAGCUCACAGCAUUAAAACGAUGACAUUUAAAAAAAAAUUCAAAAGUGGCUCGUAAACCUGAGCCAAUCAAACCAUCUGCAUGGCUGGAAUUAGAAAAAUGUUUGAGUUGGACAAUAAAGACAACAAAAUAAAAUUUUGCUGACAAUCUAGUGAGUAGUAGCACUUCAGCUCUCACUGUGGCUGAUAAGGCAGGUGGAUAUCAGCCGCAGUGGUUAUCAGACGUCACCUCUGCAGCCGUUUCAUCUUAAAGCCUAUCAUAAAGGCUGAGUGUGUGAAAAAUCCAGUGUAAAGUGUUACAAGUACCUUAAACAUUUCUUUUCCACAGUACACUUUGGAACAUAUUUUAAUGUUAAGUGUUAUGUUAAGUGUUUAUUUUUCACAUAAUUCAAAUCAUGUUUGUGCUUUUAUUUGCCUUAUUAUCUUUGAAUAAUAUUACUGUAUACACACUUACUGUUACAAUCUGUUUUGGUUCAAGAAGCAAACCUAAACCAGAACUAAAAACGAUAAACUCUUGACAAAUAUCAUCGUUGCGGUUACACCACAAGGCCAGUAUGGUUUGUUCUUUUUACAUAGUACAAAUUAUGAAUGACUUUCUGCUGCAGAUCUGGAAGACAGGUGCUGAAAGAAGUGACUUUAUUUUGCCUUUGUGACUUCAUAUUAUCAUAACCUGCAUGAUCUUAUUUUUGAAUGAUCUCAUGGUUUUAUCCUGUGUUUGUGUUUCCCUUGAAUAUCAUUUGUAUGGCAAAGCACUGGCGCUGACAAAAUGUGUUAUAUUUAUUUCAGUGCCUAUGUGAAAUUUAUAUUUUUAAACAUUUUGAAUGAAUAAAGAAUGCUGGGAAACAAAUUGUUGAGUCUUUUACUUUAAUUGAUUUUAAUGUAUUUACCUCAAUCUGUAAUAAUCCCAGUGUCAUUGCAGAAAAACUGCACGGCUCUUACCUUUUUAAUUCAGAUAUAUUGUACAUAUUUAUUAUUUCAUUUAGAUGUACCGGUAUUGUACA